GUGCUAGUUUAUCCUCAUAGAUUGGACGUGACACCUAUCUGACAUUAUAAUCAGAAGAUAAAAAAAUCAAUUUGCAGUUAGAUUCUGCCGAACCUGCUUGCUGUACAGCAAGCAAUCAACUGUUUAUUGAAAAGAUAGUCAAAUGGGCGAAGGAGGCAAGGAAAUGUCCGGAAAACCUGCCAUAGUUUCCCAACAGGAAAAGCGAAUAAUUCACAUCAUUUACUUAAUCGUCGUAAUGGAUGUAACGUGGAUGUUUAUGCAGUUCUCUAUUCUCCCGUAUUUGGCCAGGAGCCUUGGCUUUGAUACCUUGUGGUUUGGUUAUUUGAGAACCAUGGUUGGUGUGAUCCAGCUGCUAGGGGGCCCGGUGUUUGGCAGGUUUGCAGAUGUCUUUGGGGCACGAGCGGCCUUAUCUCUAGCCUGUGUUGCUUCGAUAGUCUUCUAUUUGUUACUGGCUAUAGCAGAUAGCCCUGCCAUGCUGUUCAUCCACAAACUCCCAACAGUCCUCAUGCACAUCCUUCCUGGGUCUCGGAUGGUGGUAUCAGACCUGACAGAGCCUCAGCACCGAGCCGAUGCCUUAGCCAAACUAGGUCUGUGUUUUGCUGUUGGCAUGAUCACUGGCUCCACCUUGGGAGGCACUCUCAGCACACACUAUGGGAAGACGUUUGCGUCAUGCUUUGCUGCUGCGGGGAAUGUCAUCAGUUUAAUAUUGGUUGUAAAGUUUGUCCCAAAAAGCACUAAAGCACAAGACCCACAGGACAACACAGACAGUGUGAAAAGUAAAAAGUCAGUAUUUAAUCUCGGGGAGAUUACGAGAUUGAUGAAGUUUCCGGGUGUGACAAGAACCUUCCUCGUGAAGAUAGUCUCUGGUCUACCAGAAGGUAUCUUCCAGGUGAUGUUCUCUAUCAUUGCAAUGAACUUCUUUAAGCUUGAGCCUGAACAGAAUGGGUAUCUCAUGGCCUACUUUGGUAUAGUGCAAAUGGUCAUUCAAGGAGGUGUGAUUGGCCGCCUUACAGCUUUAUAUUCAGAGAGUUCACUUCUUCUUCUCUCCAUCGGAGUCUCUUCUUUGGUGGGGUUGGCUGAGGCUUUCAUGCAGAAUGUGUUUCACUUCUGCUUCAUAGUCAUCCCAAUGAUGUUUUCUUUCAGUAUGUUCAACAUCAUCACAGACAGCAUGCUCACUAAGAGCGUACCUUCCUCUGAUACUGGCACGAUGCUGGGACUUUGUUCCUCUGCUCAGUCUCUGCUUCACACCAUUGCACCAACGUUAGGUGGCUUCCUCUAUGAGAACUACGGCGUCCCUUCCUUCGGCUUAAUCCAGUUUGCUGUGAAUAUCACUGUGUUUGUGUACCUGAUACGCCGUGGAUUCAAGCACCAAGUGGAGCAUAAGGAAUGAAUAGCUACUGUCCUUCACACAAAAGCAUUUAGUAUUAUUACCAGGCAUCAUUUAGACACGUUUUACUUUUAAAACUUUAUCUAACAAAGAUAAUUCAGAGUGUAUGUUUUGAUUUUCUGUCUGUGGUACUGAGUGUGGUAGAUCAUUUGUCAUUACUGAAAUAUAACUGUGAUCACCGGGCUGUCGUUAAUACUGCCACAUCUCGGCAUGUAGUACGGGUAAGAAUUGGACAGAAAGCUUCACAUUCUAACUCAACCAGAGAACAAUCAGAUUAAUGCUAAAGAAACAGUUACAGAAAGGUGAAUCAGUUCAUCUGGACACAACGUUUAGUGGGAGAAACGUUUCAUCCUUCAUCCAAGUGACCUUAUCAAUCUCAGCGUACACAAUAUUGCACCUGGUCCAACCCAAGGAUCAGGUCCCCUGGCACAAACAGAGCAAUAUAGUGUACGCUGUUAAGUGUCAGGAGGAUUGCCGUGACUUGUACAUCGGGGAAACUAAACAGACGCUGGCCAAGAGGAUGGCACAACACAGAAGAGCUAACAUGUCAGGCCAGGACACUACAGUCUACACCCAACUACAGGCCUGUGGCCACUCUUUCAAGGAUGAGGAUGUGCACAUCCUUGAUAGGGAGGAAUGCUGGUUUGAACGGGGAGUCAAAAGAGGUCAUCUGUGUGAAGAGGGAACAACCAUCUCUGAACCGGGGGGCUAAGAGUGCAUCUGUCACCAUCUUACAAUGCUGUGAUUGCAAAAAUUCCCAAAUCCUCUGUGAAUAGUACCCAUGGCCAUUGUAACUCUAGUUAAUGGUCACGCCUAUUCACAUAUGAAACAAUCAUUGGUUUUGGUCGUUAUGCCACUGUAUUGUUUAUAAGGGUGGGGAUACCUGCAGUCAGUUGAGACUGAAGAGCUCACUUAGAUGAGUGAUGAAACAUGUCUGUCAAUAAACGUGUCCAGAUGAACUGAUUCAACUUUCUGUGAUUUUCUUCAGUCAAGGCUAUUGGUGCACUAUAAAUGAAGACAAAACAUUAAUUACAAUAACUACAAUGCCAAAGAUACUGUUUCACUGUGUGGUAUACAAGUGUUGGAGUAUCUAUUUUGUAGUAUCUAUAAAUUAAAGAAUUACCUUAAAUUCUUCAAAAAGAAUUAUCUUAAAUUCUUAAAAAAGAAGAGAGUGCAGGCAGGGUGGAGUGGGUGGAGAAGAGUGUCAAGUGAUUUGGGACAGAAGGGUACCAGCAAGAGUUAAAGGGAAGGUUUACAAGAUGGUUGUGAGACCAGCUGUGUUAUAUGGUUUGGAAACAGUGGCACUGACGAAAAGGCAGGAGGAGGAGCUGGAGGUGGCAGAGUCAAGUCAAGUCAAUUUUAUUUGUAUAGGCCAAUAUCACAAAUUCAAAAUUAGCCUUAGGGGGCUUUACAGCAACACAGCAUCCUGUCCUUAGACCUUCGCAUCAAAUAAGGAACAACUCCCUAAUAAAAACCCUUUAACAGGAAGAGAAUAGGAAGAAACCUAGGAUGUUAAGAUUUUCGUUGGGAGUGAUGAAGGACAGGAUUAGGAAUGAUUAUAUUAGAUGGAAAGCUCAGGUUGGAUGGUUUGGAGACAAAGCAAGAGAGGCAAGAUUGAGAUGGUUUGGACAUGUGUGGAGGAGAGAUGCUGGGUAUAUUGGGAGAAGGAUGCUGAAUAUGGAGCUUCCAGGGAAGAGGAAAAGAGGAAGGCCAAAGAGGAGGUUUGUGGAUGUGGUGAGAAAGGACAUGCAGGUGGCUGGCGUGACAGAGGAAGAUGCAGAGGACAGGAAGAGAUGGAAAUUGAGGACCCACUGUGACGACCCCUAAUGGGAACAACCGAUAGAAGAAGAAGAAGAAGACCUUCAAUUCACAGCUUUAAACAGAAUUUCUCAAACAGAAAAGCCAAAAUUUGUUUGAAUGGCAACUCAGAAUAAUUUCCCCCCUGAAGUCAACAGGUGGUUGUAGCUUAAAUUCAAAUGAGGAAUUAAUUGUUCACAAAAAUUUGGAUGCCAAACCUGUAAAAGCCUGUUCUAACUAAAUAAAACACAUGAAUCUAAGUUCAUACCCAAAUUUUAAAUGUUAAACAAAAGUUCUUAAAGCCAUUGUAGUAUGUAUACAGUGCCAUGAAAAAGUAUUUGUCCCCUUCCUGUUUUCCUCUAUUUUUGCAUAUUUUUAAAACUUGUUUCAGAUCUUCAGAUAAAAACAUAUAAGACGAAGAGAACCUGAGUAAACACAAAAUACAGUUUCUAAAUGAUCAUUUAUUUAAGGAAAAAAGUUAGUCAACACCAACGGACCCUGUGUGAAAAGUAAUUCCCCCCCUUUGUUACUCAAUCAAGAAAUUAGCCACAAUUAAUCAUCGGAUUCAAUUAGAGCAGAAAAACCCAGGCUCGAUUACUGCCAGCCCUCCCAGACCCCCAAGCCUUUUGGGAUGUUGUCUCUACAGACGAGUCAAAAGUGGAACCUUUCGGAAGACUCAGUUCCCAUUAUGUCUGGUGUAAAGCAAACAGUAUUUCGGAAUAAGAACAUUACAUCAGCAGUUAAACAUGGUGGUGGUAGUGUGAUGGUGUGGGAAUACUUUGCUGCCUCAGGACCUGUAAGACUUGCCAUCAUUGAAGGAACCAUGCAUUCUGCUCUCAACCAGAACAUUCUGAAGGAGAAUGUCUGGUCAUCAGUCUGUGAUCUGAAGCUGAAGCUUAAAUGGGUUAUGCAGCAGGACAAUGAUCCAAAACACAAGAGUAAGUCUACCUCAGAAUGGUCUUGACUUGAACCCCAUCGAGAUGCUGUGGCAGGACCUUAAGCCAGCAGUUUAUGCUUGAAAACCCUCCAAUGUCGCUGAAUUACAGCAAUUCUGCUAAGAAGAGUGGGCCAAAUCCCUCCAUAGCGAUGUGAAAAACUGUUCUCCAAUUAUAGGAAGUGUUUGGUUGUAGUUGUAGCUGAUAAAGGUGGCACAACCAGUUAAGUUCAGGGGGCAAAA